AUUACUGCCUGAACAAUGUCAUCAAUGUUUAUAUAUGUGAAGUUUGAAAUAAGAUAAAAUUAUAUUAUUAGGUAGUUAUGAGUUUCUGAGUGGCCACGGUUGAAUUUAAAGAAAAGUCACUUCGUUCUCAUAAUUUGUUAAAUAAUUACAAAAGCAGGCGAAAUUGACAUACGUGCUACUUCAAGAACAACACUAGCGGAAAGCACAUUGUAAAUGCUUAUAUGUUUGCCUUUGAGAAUUGUAAAUUAUUAAUGUUGUUUAUUUAAUGACUUUUUUAUGUAAGCUUGUUUAUAUGUUAUUAACAACAAAAAUAAAAAAUAAAAAACAACACUAGCGGAAGUGUAGCGGAUCAGUGCAUUGUGGUCAUUGUAGUUUGUGGAUGCUUUUUGAUAACUUGUUAAAUUAAGUGUAAAUGUAUUUCUCUCGAUUUUACGUUAGAUCAGAGGUUCACUGGUGCUGUGUGUGCAACACAGGUCACCCAGCAGCUAUGUAGACAAAAGAGUGCAAAAUUCCUCCUUAAGACCCAUCCUCUAACGAUAAAAUCAAAAGCGAAAGUAAAAUGGUCCGUUAAUAUGUGGACUAUGCGUCUGCUCAUAAACGUUUUAUGAUAAUCAAUUGUUGACAUGAUUGUUUGGUGUUUUAUAUAUUUUAAGAUGUAUCUGCUUUGCUGUAUUUUCAUAUCAGUAUUUCUGGGGCUUGGUGACGGUUUCAUGGUGAAAGGUCCAUCAGGUCCUCUGGUUGUUCCUCUGGGAGGUUCAGUUCUUCUGCCCUGUUCUGUUGAUUCACUCUCAUCACUGACGGAUCUGGAGGUGCAAUGGAAAAUAUCAGACUCACAGACUCUCAUUCAUCUGUAUCAAGAUGGAGAUAUUAGACCAGAAGUCCAGCAUGAGGAUGUUUUUGGUAGAGCUCAUUUCUUUACUGACGACAUUAAAUAUGGAAAUUUCUCUCUCCUGUUGAAGAUGGUGAGAGCUGAAGAUGAAGGACAAUACACAUGUACAGUUCACAGUGGACAAGAGUCUAAUACAACUGUGGUGGAAAUUCAACAUGUUGAGCGAUUGAUAGUGUCUGGAUCAGAUCAGUCUUUAUCAGUGUAUGUUGGUGAAGAUGUGACUCUGAACUGCUCUGUGGACUCUCACAUCCCACCUGAACACAUUGAAGAGGUUUCAUGGAAGAAAAGAGUUAAUGAUGAACACAUCAUAGUUCUGCUCUAUGAAAGCAAUAAAACUCUAUUAGACGCAUCAGAUGAGCAAUACAGAGACAGAGUUGAGUUCUUCAGUGAUGAAAUCCACAGAGGAAACUUCUCUCUCAGACUGAAGAGAGUCAGAACUGAAGAUAAAGGACUUUACAUGUGUCAAGUGUUUGCUGGACGAUUCUCAGACAACACGACUGUUAUACUGGAACAACUGGGUUUCUCAUCUUUACACAUAAUUGUGUUGAUUUUGUGUAUCUCUGCAUGUGGAUUUGCUCUUGUGAUCUGCUCUCGCAUCUACUGCAUAUCAAACAACACAGGCACCAGAGGGACACUCUGGAAGCUUCAGGUUUAUCUUGUUGUUUGUCCAAACCUCUGUGUUUUCUUUGCCUUCCUCUUGUGGGGUUUUAUUGAGGGAUUUGUGAAUGAGACGGUCACUUGCUGUGCUCUUUAUAUUCUGAGAACUGUUAUGUUGUUCUGGGCGGUACGCUUUUUAAAGUAUCUUCAAGGCAGACAUAAAACAUGGAUCAGGUUUUUCAAUGUUCCAAGAGAACUUGCUGUUUUCACAAUCAUUGUUUAUUCAGUUUUCUUUGCCCAUGGCUGGAAAAUCAGCGCACAUGACGCAAGCAUUGAAAAUCAAUUACUUACAGGAAUGUAUUAUGGAUUUGUGGUACUACUGUCUCUCUUCAAUAUGAAAGCCGUAACCCAAAAAGUAUAUCCGAUUAUCUGGCCACUUCUCAUGACUUCUGUGGUUCAACAGCUUCAAAUAAUAUUCUCAUUUGGACGUUUACAUCUAGCCAUUGUUUGUGUGAAUUGUGUUCAUCAUCUACUGGCGAACUGUGUGCUUUUGUUUCGUAAAAUGCAAAAGAAAUUCAAAGUCUUACAGAGAAGCUGGUUAUUAUUUACAAUGAUGCUUCUGGAUAUUCCUCUAUCAAUCUAUUUUCAUCUUGUCACAUUGGAAAGGGAAAAAGAUUAUAGGGGAUGGAUCUCAGUCAUUUUAUUUAUCCAAGCCCUGAAGAUGAUUGUGUUCUUCGAAUGCAGUUUUCAUGCAAAAUGUUCACGAAUGCAGAGACAUCAGGACAAUGCAGAACAACUUAGAGGAAGCCUUGGUACUACAGAGAUAACAUUGCCUCUCUGCAGUGUUGUUGUGUACAUGUUUGGAGCAGUUGGUCUUGUUUUGCUGAAUUCUGCUGCACUUAUGACAGAACUUAUUUUGAAAGCACGUAAUGGUGAACGUUUGAUGAAAGAUCUUAGAGUCAUCGUCUUUCCUUCGGAGGGUAUUUUUGUCUUAUUCCUGCUGGUUUUACAAAUGCAUGCUUUCUGGAAAGUUAAUAAGACUGAUAACGCGUCUCAAAGAUAUGGACAAGAUCUCGAGAACGCAGAAGCCCAUGAAAUGGAGACACUGUCUGGACCUGAUACUGGGGUUUUAUAGGAACGUCAAUAAUGAACAAGCUGUUCCUCAUCUAUCCUUUGACAGUAAGAUACAUUUCUCAGGAGUGAGCUCCUUGAAGUGGAUCGGGAGACAUUCUACAUCUUUGUUUUAAGUGUGUUUGUUUACUGUUAUUUAAAACUUCUCACACAAAUGUAAAUGGUUUCUAACAUCAGUAUGAGAAACUGUAAAGUUUAGUCUAAAGCUAAUUUAUAUAAAGGAAUUUGGUACUAUGGCCCAACGACAUUUCAUUUAGGAUUAUUGACUGUGAAAAGGGGGAAAGGAUAACGCACAAAAUUAAACCAUAAGGGGAGAGAACAUUAUCAAUGCACAGGAAUGAUUUUACUCUUAUGUAGACAAUGAGAAAUAAAAAGAGCCGUUACAAGUUUAAAGUGAUGAUUAGAAAUGAGAAAAUUGGCUUUGUAUAGAAUAUUUUCAAAAAAUAAUGGUCAGUCAAAGUGAAAUUAGCUUACAAUACGGUAUGGUGGUUUGAUAUUAGUCCAGGAAUUAGAUGCCCAAUUUUACAUAGGCAGACAAAUCAAUUAUAGUCAUCUGGUGGAUGAGCUACAGGUGUUCAUACAUUAUGAUCUUUAUGACUCUGUGGUAAGGCAUUGGGUUAGAAGAAUAAAAGGUCAUGGGUUUGAUUGUCAGGGAACACAUGUACUAAUAAUAUGUAUAGCUUGAAUGCGCUGUAAGUCUUAUAAAUGCAUACAUUAAAUAGUAAAUGGCAAGGGAGAUAAAAUGAGGUCAAUAAAGCAAUUGAACAACUCUUCGGCAGUUUUAUAAAUUUACAAUUUACGUUUGUCACUUUUUUAUUUUGUCUCUAUUUGUCUAUUGAACAUGUUAGAAGAAUAUUUUGUUUUGUAUAAACUUUAAACUUUAUAACUUGAAGCUUUGUUUUGAUUUGAUUUUGUAUUAUACAGUAUUACAUUUGUUUCUAUUUGUAAGAUAUUUAGUAGUACAUGCGUGCUUUAGCAUGUUUAACUUUAUUUUUGU